ACAAGUGGUUAAGAAGGACAACCACAAAACCAAGAUUUUUUAUUAUCAACAGUCAUCACUGCUCAUCAUCAUCCUCUUCUACCUCUUUCUCAAUCACCAUUUUUUUUUUUUUUUUUCUCUUCCUCCUUCAAACACUAAUACUACCCCUUUUUUCUCUUUCUUUCUUUAUCUUCCUUUUUCUUCACAAAUCUUAAGAGUGCUUCCAUGGAUAGUCAUAUUUAUAAUCUAUACAAAGACCUAACCCUAACAACACCAUAAAAGCACAAUCUUUCUUUUUUUUAAACAAUUUCUUUUUUUAAAAAAUUAGAAAAGAUUUUUUCUUUUUUUUGAGAAGACCCCUAGAUGUUUGAGCCAUGGACAUAACCCCCACCGUCACCACCACCACCAACAACACAGCUAGUACAAAAUCCCCAGAAGCUGACAGUGAAACGCCGACCCGGAUCCAACCCGCGAAGCCUUUGGCUUUCAGCAACGGAAUACUGAAGCGCCAUAACCCUCAUCACCACCACCACCACCAUUUGCCCAACACUCCGGUGGUCGUCACCUACAAAGAAUGCCAGAAAAACCAUGCGGCGAGCUUGGGAGGUCAUGCUCUCGAUGGCUGCGGCGAGUUCAUGCCUUCCCCGACCGCCACCCAGACUGACCCGACCUCUCUUAAAUGCGCCGCUUGCGGAUGCCACCGGAAUUUCCACCGCCGCGAACCCGAAGAGCCUCUUCCUCCGCCGGCCAACACCACACAUGUUAUAGAAUACCAGCCCCACCACCGGCAUCAUCCUCCACCACCACCACCGCCUCAUGCUGGAAAUCGAAGCCCCAAUUCUUCGUCUCCGCCGCCGAUCUCUUCGUCCUAUUAUCCCUCCGCGCCCCAUAUGCUUCUCGCGCUCUCUACCGGGUUAUCGGGUCCGCAGCACCAAGAUAACGCCGGUGGUGGGGGUAUCGGUGUUACCAACACCGGGAUGGUAACGCCCGGCAGUGGUGGUAGGCAGAGCACUCGGAAGCGGUUCAGGACUAAGUUUAGUCAGGAUCAGAAGGAGAGGAUGCAUCAGUUCGCGGAGAGAGUUGGGUGGAAGAUGCAGAAGAGAGACGAGGAGAUUGUGCAGGAGUUUUGCAAUGAAAUUGGGGUGGAGAAAGGGACUCUCAAGGUGUGGAUGCACAACAACAAGAACACUUUUGGGAAGAAAGAUGUUAAUGGUACUGGUAGUACUGGCAGAAAUGUUGUUGAGCAAAUCCACAACAAUGGUAGCAACAACGACAAAAACGAAAAUACCAACAACAACAGUGAAAACAACGAUGACGACGAUGACAACAACAACAAUUCCCAGAGUCCAAACCACAACUACCAGGAUGAUCAUGGUGUAGCGCAUGUAGCUACUAAUGGUUCUUCUUCUUCUUCUUAAUCUUUUGAAGAAUAAUAAUUAAGCAUGUUAGAUAGAGUUAAAAAAAAAAAAAAAGACUGGUAUUAAUUAGUUGUUUCUUUA